AUCUGUAUUAUACAGAACUGGCGUUGGUUUGAACGGGCGCCGGCAGGAGAGAAGUGCUUCCCCGCCUUCAAAUCCAAACUAAGAGAAAAACUGGCCAAGCUGGGGAGCCUGCAUUUAAAUCCUCGGUCCUCUUUUGCACAAUUCAUGGAUGCGCACAUCCACGCACGCUCCCGUCUCCCUAACAAGCAAAAGUCACAUUUUCUUCGCAGAGCGAGAAGGCGAGUUGCUCGGUGGUUCGGUACUCGACCAGGCCGAGCGGCUGAAAGGAGGGAUAGACGCGCGCGCGGCGGUUGGCGCCGCACUCGAUGUCUCGGCGCUCGGACAUAGCCCUUCCCCAGAACCCCGCCUACUCCGGCCGGCCUCGCUCGCUGAUUGGGGGAGAGCUCUCCUCCUCUCGGAGAGUCCCGCGCUUCGCCAUCUUAGCCCGGGAGAAAAGGAACGCGAGCGCGGGAACCGUUGCCUGGCGUGAGGUGGCGGCGGUUGGGUUUUCGUGCCCCCUUCGUGCGGCCUCCCAUCAUGAGCGGCGCCGACUCUACGACGGGGCCUUGUGCCGGCUCGAGCUUCCUGCCCCUGCUGGAGACUCUGGAGGACCCCGUUGCUGCCCCGGAGGUGCUGACAGACGCGCUGCUGACCCUCACGAAACACAUAUUCCUACUGAAAACACAGAAUUGUGCAGUGCAGCCUUGCAAGCUUUGGGAUUCUGUGUGUUUAACUCCAAGAUUGCUUCGUUACUUUGUGAAACUGAAAUACAGGGAUUACUUUCAAUCGUGAACAGUGUUGCUAUAAAGUCAGUGGAUAAAAAUACCCUCACUAGAGCACUUUGGGUGAUCUCUAAGCAGUCCUUUCCUCCGGAAGUUGUUGGGAAGCUGGUGCCCAGUAUUAUUUCUGUGCUAGAAACAGUGCUUAAUAAAGGAGACUUGCAUUCCAUGGUGGUUGAAUACGAAGCACUAAAUGUUAUCAUCCGGCUUAUUGAGCAAGCUCCAUCUGCUAUGGAGGAGCAGGCUGUGAAGUGGGCCAGGUUGAUCAUUCCUUUGGUUGUCCAUCCGGCUCAUAAAGUGCAGCUAAGAGGGGCCACUGCACUGGAGAUGGGAGUGCCACUUUUACUUCAGAAGCAGCAGGAGGUGGCAGCAGUUACCGAAGAACUCAUGACUGCAAAAAUAAUUCCAGAACUCCAAAAGCUUUUUUCAUCAAAAAAUGAGACAUAUGUUUUGAAGCUUUGGCCUCUGUUUGUAAAGCUGCUGGGCAAAGCACUGCAUCGUAGUGGAAGUUUUAUCAAUUCAUUGCUGCAAUUAGAAGAACUUGGAUUUCGUAGUGGGUCACCUGUGGUAAAGAAAAUCGCUUUCAUUGCAUGGAAGAGUUUGAUAGAUAACUUUGCUCUAAAUCCAGAUAUCUUGUGCAGUGCAAAGAGGCUGAAGUUGCUUAUGCAGCCUUUGAGCUCAAUCCAUGUGAGAACCGAAGCUCUGGCAUUGACGAAAAUAGAGGUCUGGUGGUACUUACUGAUGAGGCUUGGACCUCAGCUGCCUGCCCACUUUGAACAGGUGUGCAUACCAUUAAUUCAGAGCACUUUAAGCUUAGAUGCCUCUUUACCACAAGGAAAUUCAUCACGGUUAUCUAUUAACCAGAGCUUACCAGGUUCUGCACAGAAGUCAGGAAGUUUCAUUUCUGGAGCCUCCGCCAGCCCAAGGAUGAAACUGAAUUCCAGCAUCGGAGGAAUGGUAGUUAUCCCAUCCAUUCAACUUCUAGGAAUAGAAAUGUUACUCCACUUCUUCGUGGGGCCAGAAGUGUUGAAUUUUGCCAAGGAAAACAGUGUUGUACUUAGUUUAGAACCUCUUCAGUACUCUGUAAUCAGCAGCCCUUCUUUCUUCUGCAAGCAUGCCAGCACAUUCAUAAAUGCAGUUCAGGAUGGUUUCAUUGCAGUUGGAAAAGAAGCGUCUGAUACUAUUCUGAGUGCCAUAUGGAAAGAAAUGAUUGGUUUUGUGAGAAGUGCAAUUGAAUCAGGCAGCAAAAGAGAGCGGCAAAAUUCAGAAGUGCUCACAAUGUUGCUGAAGGCCUUAAAAAAUAUUGUCAUGUCGAAAGAACUGCCUGUGUUAAAAUCAUUGUCCCUAAUGGAAAUCACAAUUAAAGAAUUGCCUCCAAAAGUGUUAGGAUCGCCAGCCUAUCAGGUUGCUGACAUGGAUCUUUUAAAUGGAACUCCAGCAUUGUUCUUAAUUCAACUUUCUUUCUAUGAAGACUUAUUGAAAUGUGGUGUUCAGGAUGAAAGGUUUUUCUUGAACUAUGAAUCUCUGGUAGAAUUUGUUCUCUCCGGCCCCACUUCUCCUCUGGCGUUUAGUGAAUCUGUAAUCAGCAUUGUUAAUCAGAGUGCUCAGUACCUGGAAGACAAAGAACAACUCUGGCGAAUAUGGAGUAUUUUGGUUAGCCCAUUAACGGAGUGGAUUAACCAGACAAAUGAAGUAAAUCAAGGUGAUGCUUUGGAACAUAACUUCAGUGCAAUAUACAGUGCGUUGCUGCUACCUAUAAAUCACAUCUUCCCAUCUUCUGAGUUUCUACAGCCUAUCAUGAAAACAUUGCUGCGUUCCUGGUCGGACCUCUACCGAGCAUUUGCCCGCUGUGCGUUGCUGGUGGCAACAGCAGAAGAUAAUCUAUGUUGUGAAGAGCUGUGUGCCAAAGUAAUAUCUGGUUUAGAAGAUGAAACGUGUAUUAAUCAGCCCAUGUUGGAUGGACUCACAUACAUCACAUCAGUUAUGGUUAACUGCAUCAAUUUUGCACCUUACGGUACGAAAUACCAGCCGGCAAAUAAAUCCCCGCAGAUCUCUACAGACUGGUCCAAAAAGAAGAAAGAUCCCCUUGGCAAGCUGUCAUCCUUAAUUAAACUUCUGGUGAUACUAAUAAAUUCCCUUCAGAUGCUUGCAUCCAAGGACUCUGGCCUGGAAAAACUGGCCCCCAUCGGGGCUUCUGUCAUUGGUGUUCUUCAGAACAUCAUUGGCCACAUCUCUUUGCCUUCGGUCCUCAGAUCUCUGUUUGGAGCUGUUCUGAAUCCACUGGCAGCAUUUUAUGAAAAAACAAAAUCUACUGUAUCUAAAGUGGCCAAUGGACUCAACAGCAAGCUUGAAAAGUUGUUAAUGGAAAGUAUUAGUUGUUUGCAGUCCCAUUAUACUGGACCCUUUGACAGUGAGCUGCUGCAGGAGCUUUCUCCACUGCUGGCCAUCACACUUUUGAACAAGAACAAGCAGAUACGCAGUCAAGCUGCUCAAUUCUGGAAUGCAACAUUUGGUAAAGCUGUAACGUUGACAUACCCGGAAGGAUUAAAAUCCGUUUUAUGUCAAGCCAAGCAGAAAACAUUACUCUUAUUGCCUGGUUUUGAAAGCAUUGAGAUCGUGAAAGAGUUUGAUGAGACAUUCUCUGACUCUACAGAGAGUUCCCAGUGGAGUUCAAAAAUAAGUGGAAUAGAAGUAAAACCUACUGGGAAAAGAGACUCUUUGCUGAGUCAGGCCAGUGAACUAAAGGAAAACAAUGUCAAUUCUCAUGUAACACCUACGAAGAAACUAGAACUCCCACUGUUGAAAUCAAAGAGAAAAAAUACAGUCCUGGAAGAAGAAAACACAGUUGACUUCGUGUUUAUUCCUCCAGAAACAAAGGAAAGAGUGUUGACAGAGCACCAAAAAGAAGUUCUGAGAACUAAAAGGGUGGAUAUUCCUACCAUGUACAAUACUCUGGAUGCAUCACAAGACACGACCUUGUUUUCCCAGUAUACCCAGAGCCAAGAAGAUUCACUGGGAAAAGAUGCCUUGGUAGAUGUAAAAAGGGAAUACGGGGAGGAAGAGAACAAAACAAUAUUUAAGGAUGGAAAAGUGACAGGUGAUGUGCCUGAAAACCCUCCUGAAAACCGCAAGCCGGAUGUACUUCAGAACAAAAUGGAUUCUAGCACCCCUGAACAACUGGAGAAAGAGAACUCAGAUUUAAGUUGUGAAGAUUCAGAAAAGUGUUCUGAAAAAGUUUUAGGAGAACCAGAUACUUCUUUAAAUGAAAGCACCUCUAAUGUCAGCAGCAACAGCUCUGCUUCUAGCGAUGUCAUUUCAGGAACACCACCAACUGUAAGCAGAAGACAGUCCUUCAUAACUUUGGAGAAAUUUAAUACUUCAGAAAACAGACCCUUCAGUUCUUCAACUUUCAGUAACACUUCAGGAGCAUCUGAAAGUACUUCUGCGUUACCCAAACAGGGAAGUGCUCCCAUUACUCCAGAUGCCUCUUCCACAGGGAAGCCAAAUGGAGAGAGUAAGAGCACCUUGAAACCCAAAACAGAAGAAACCCACCCUCGGACUAAGAGGUCGUGUUUAGAAAUCAUAGACGCGCUAGAGACUUAUGUCAAAUUCAAAAAAGCUAAAGAUGGAAAUAAGGCCAGUUCAAAAUCCCAAUCUGAGAGCACACUUGGGAUAAAGAGAUCAAGUCUUAGACAAAGUAACACAGAUCUUUCUGAAGACAAAACUUCAAAGUUAAUGCAGUCAGAGCAGGAGAAAAAUGUUGAAGUAACUCCUGCCAACCAUGUGGAAGACAACCGUGACAUACCUGGUGAAACACGAGAAGCAGAACAUUUGCUAGACACUCAGACUUCCACUUUGCAAGCAGCAGGAAAUUCAGUGACAGAAAAUAAGCAAACUUCAGACAGUGUUUCAGAAACAAAAGUGGUGCCAAAUUUUGACUCGAAAGAGAACACCCCUCCAGAGGUAGAGAUGUCAGGAGAGGUGAUAUCUAAUGUUAGCCAAACUUCGCCAAUGUCAACGAAUCAGAAAACAUUAAGACGUUCUUUAAGACGCAGACCAGAAGCUACAGAAGGAGGGGCAGAUAGUCAAGACAAAGAGAACAGCCAACAGAAGAAAGAUGGAUGUAGAGAGGAUGAAAAGGUGUUGUCAAAGAAGACCACACAGGGUAAAGAGGCUGCCUCACACAAGCAAAAAUCUCUGCCUGAAAAAGCAAUAGAUACACAAAGUGUGCAAGGAAGCAACGCUCCAGAAAGUGUCGUCGCAAAGGAAUGUCAGGCUGUGAGAAAUAACCCAGAGGAGGCUGUUGUAGGUUCUGAAAAAUCUGAAGGCAGUGUUGCCUCUGAGCCAGAUGAUUUGCAAGACUCUGGCCCACCUCCCACAGGCGAGAGGCCAAAGGGGCUUCCACGAUACCACACGCGAAGAUCCUCCCAGGGACUACUCACCAGUAUAGAAAACGCGGAGUCCGACAAUUCUGAAACAAGAGAAGAAGGAGUCAUGAGGACAAGGUCAGGUAGAUGGAAAAAUAAAAAUAAUGCUCCUGGGAACCAAGUAAAGGAAGAGUUGGAAAGUCAGGAGCGUCAUUCACAACCUGCGAUAGAACUCCAGAUUUCCCUAGCAAAAAACAGUCCUGUAAUCCAAUCUGAGAGACCUGUGGACUUAGCUUUGGGUUUGAGUAACAGUGAAGAAGGAGACCAAAAAGUACUCCCCGUUAGAGACAGUGUGGGACUUAAACAAGAUGGGGAGGCUCUAUUGCAUAGGGUUUCUUUAGGUACAGAGAGCAGGCCUGCUAAAAGGAAAGCCGCUGCUGAGGAACCUGAUGAAGAUAGGCAGGGAACCAGUCUUCUUGAUACAGACUCUGUGUUAUGCUCCAGUGCAAGCAGUCUUACUGACGUUUCAGGAGAAGAUGAUUUCCUGACGGCCAUUGCCUCUCCUUCCUCUGAGAAAUCCCUUGAGGAAUCUGAAUGCCAGCACAAACGGAGCAAGCGGGCCAGAAGGUCAAAGGGCUGUGAUUGCUGUGAUGAAAAGUCCUCUCUGCCUUUGGAGAAGUUGCCCACAGACGUUAGAAAAAUGUGUACUCCAGAACCAAAAUUAAAAGAGCACAGAAAGAUGCCUAGUAGAGCAUCCAUGGCUGUGCCAUCUGUCCUUCUCGCUGAAGAAUUACAUUCUGCUGAAGGGCUCUCCCAGGAACCAUGCGCAACAAGCACUCCGCUCAUCAAGGACUUUAUCAUUACGAAAGAAUCGAAGGAAGAUAUGGAAUCCGAGGGGCAGUUCCCAAGAGGCGAGACUCUACAAGAUGAACUCCAGAAUCCACCAUGUAUUAGAACUGGAAAGGACAAGCCUUUUGAAGAAAUUCUGGAUCGUGUUGAUCUGGAAGCAGCAGCGUCAGAGCCAAGUGCACCAAAUUCUCUUGGAAAAGCAUCCCCGGCUUUAGGGAUGGAUUCCGAUCCAGCCGGCAUACAGACGUCUGAUACGACUCCAAGUGGUCCGUCAGAAGAGGCAGAGAUGGAUGUUAUCCAAGCUGAGGACGUAGAGGCCAGUGAAGUGACAGCGAAUGUCGCUCAGAGUGCUGUUGAAGAGACUACAGUGCCUUCGGCAACUAUGGAGGAAGAACUUCAAGAAAAUGAAAUGGGUCAGGAAAAUGCAGAAAAUGACAUAGCAGGCAUAGCAACUGAUCCUCAAAGUUCAGCUUUGGCAGAGAAGGAGAGUAAUAACUCAGAUUCUCCUCUCAGGUCUAAAGACCUUGAUGGCUCCUCUUUGGCUAAGGCCAGCGAAAGCCCUAAUGGGAUGCAGGCACGUUGUAUGUGGUCUCCAUCAGCAUCUCCCUCUACCAGUAUUCUAAAGAGAGGUUUAAAAAGACAACCAGAGGAGGAUUCUCCAUCACCUGCAAACAAGAGCCGGCGUGUUUCUUUUGCUAAUCCAAUCUACCAAGAAGAAUUGGCAGAUGACAUUGACCGGCGAAGUCCUGUAGUCAGAACCCAUUCUUCUAAUGGUUCUCCAUCUUUCCGAAAUAGUAAACCUUCACCUAAUGCCAAAGCCAAGCCUAUUACCACUCCAGUCAAAGGAUCCCUGUCCUCAGGAUCUCGUAGCCAUAGAUUUAAGAGCUCAAAGAAGUGUUUAAUCACUGAGAUGGUCAAGGAACCGCUACCCGCUCCAACAGAAAGCAUAUAUCCUGCGUUAGUGGGCUGUAAAGCACCCGUGGACACAAUUUUACCUCAAAUUACCUCAAAUAUUUGGGCAAGAGGCUUAGGACAACUUCUUCGAGCAAAGAACAUCCGAACUGUGGGUGACUUGAGCUCCUUGUCAGCAACUGAAAUCAAAACACUUCCUGUUCGUUCUCCCAAAGUUUCGAAUGUGAGAAGAGCACUCAAGGGGUGUCAUGAACAACAGGUAAAAUCUCGUGGAUCUGAAGAAAGUGCUGGCCAGGAUGAAGCUGAGAAGCCAGUCAGUGACAUUGAUGAGAAGCCCCUUCCUGCAAAUGAAGAUAAAGACAUAACAGACUUUUGUGAAUCAGCUGCCUUGAGUGCAGACGAGCAGUCAGCUACAGACCUUUGGGCCCUGAUCAAUUCACUUGCUGCUAAGAUGACUUCAGAAGAACUUCUUAACUAUUCAGGAAAUGAACUCUUUGAAAUGCAAGAGAAACUCCAUAACAUGACAGCCUGUAUUAUGAAAACUUUGCAGACACGCUGGAAAUCUCCACCCCAAGAAAGCACAGUUUAGCCAUCUGUUUUUAAAGAGUAGACUUUGUUCCAAGACAUUUCUUUUCUAGACUCCCAUACUUUUAUUUGCAUUGAACCAUUAGUUUUACAGAUUGUUUUAACUAAAAGUAAUUUUUAUACUUUUAAGUUUGAUAUAACAUCAGGGUAUGUGUAUCAUAACAGUUUUAAGUUCUGCACGCUUAUUAUACAAAUUCAGAUUUUUUCAUUACAGCUGUGCACCAUUUCAUCAAACUUACUAAGAUGUGCAAAGCCUGUGAACUUAAUGUGUAGUAUUUUAACUAUAUUUUUCAAAUGUUAGCAUCUUUGAUGCAGUGAUGCCUCACACCUGUUGGAAAAGGCUGGAUUUCAUUGCUGUGAAUCAAAUUUAAAAUGAAGCUAUUUAACAAAAAUAGUCUAUCUGCUUAUUUUGAAAAUGUUCGGUUUCAUACUUUCUCAUUUUUAAAACGUGCAUGCUUUAUCAAUACCUAAAGACUGUCUCCAGUGACUUUUCAGUCAAUGGUACACAGUCUCUUUUUGCAUGCAUUUAGUAUGCAAAGAAGAAUAUUAAUACGCAAUUCUCAUGGGCAUUCUCAGGAUCAAAUCACAUCUCCGUAGUUUUUUCCUUUUUUUACCAAACAGAGCUAUGUUCUCUCUACUUGCUGAAUCAUACAUAGAUUGGAAAUGAAUAACUUUGUAUAUUAUGUACAGAUUUACCAAUUGCAGAUGUAAGUUAUGAUCUCUGCAUAAAAUGCACUGUCUAGUAUCUUUGGAGGGGGAAAUCUUGACUGUAUAGAACGUUAUAUGUUUACCGGUAUGGACAAAGAUGUGAGAUCAGUUCACCUGUUAGGAAAUAAAUAUAUAUAAAUAAAAUAA